GGGCCUUUGCUUUUUUUUAUCUCUCUAUUUUACAAAGUUCAGUUUGGCUUCGUCACCACCACCAAUCGAACCAGAGGAAGGGAGUGAUUCCCGGGCGGGCGGAGAGAGAAGAGAAAUAAGCACCUUCCUUCUUCCCUGAUCGACCGGUUAGUUAGACCUUGACUUUUGUUCCUUUUCCCCCCAGCUAAUAAAGAGCAAUAAUGAGUGGCGUUGGCGAGAACCAGCUUAUCUCCAUUCAACCUGAUGAACUCAAGUUUCUUUUUGAACUCGAGAAGCAAAGCUACUGUGAUCUUAAAGUUUCCAAUAAAACCGACAACUAUGUUGCUUUCAAGGUGAAAACAACAUCUCCUAAAAAGUAUUUUGUUAGACCCAACACUGGUGUCAUUCAGCCUUGGGACUCCUGCAUCAUUAGAGUUACUCUACAAGCACAACGGGAGUAUCCUCCAGAUUUGCAGUGUAAAGACAAGUUUCUCCUUCAAAGUACCACUGUCCCUCCUCACACUGAUGUCGAUGAACUUCCACAAGACACAUUUACCAAGGACAGUAGCAAAACGUUAACAGAGUGUAAGCUCAAGGUCUCGUAUAUCGCCACGUCCACAACCCAAAGAUCCUCUGAAUCUGGAGCAACCAGUGGCGAUGGAAACGGCUCCGAAUCCAUCUCAGUCACUGCUAUACAGCGGCUGAAGGAAGAGCGAGAUGCAGCUGUUAAGCAAACACAACAGCUGCAACAUGAUUUGGAGAUGUUGAAGAAACGAAGAAGUAACAGCGCAAAUGGGUUAUCGUUAAAGUUGGCAGCUAUGGUUGGACUCAUUGGACUCAUCAUUGGUUUCAUCCUAAAACUGACCUUAGCUUCUCCCACAUAACAGGUAUCAGCAGCUUCUCCGCAUCAUCUACCAUCUCAACUUAUGAGGGAUAGCAGUUAACUCUAUGUGAUAUGAUCUGCUUUGUUUUCUUCAUCAAAUUUGCUUCUUUGUCAAUUAUAUUGGAUGUAUAUCUUUGACCCUUUCAUGAUUAUGUUUACUUGUCCACUACAUUUAGUGGAAAUGACUUAUUCUCUUUAUACGCAUUCUGAAGGAAA